AUCUUGCUGAGCGUCGGAUCGAGAAGCCAAUGGGCGUGCGGCUUGUGGGAGGCGGGACUUCCGGCAACGAAGUCUUGGUGAGCGGCUGCGCGAGGACAUCUACUUCCUUUUUGGUGUGGCGGCGAGAGCAGAGAGUACGCUAUGAAGGCCUCGGGCACGCUGCGAGAGUACAAGGUGGUAGGGCGCUGUCUGCCCACCCCUAAAUGUCGCACUCCGCCCCUGUAUCGGAUGCGAAUCUUUGCACCUAAUCAUGUUGUCGCCAAGUCCCGCUUCUGGUACUUUGUGUCUCAACUGAAGAAGAUGAAGAAGUCUUCUGGAGAAAUUGUCUACUGUGGACAGGUGUUCGAGAAAUCUCCCUUGCGGGUGAAGAACUUCGGCAUCUGGCUGCGCUAUGAUUCACGCAGUGGCACCCACAACAUGUACCGGGAAUACCGGGAUCUGACCACCGCAGGCGCCGUCACCCAGUGCUACCGAGACAUGGGUGCCCGACACCGUGCCCGGGCCCACUCUAUCCAGAUCAUGAAGGUGGAGGAGAUUGCAGCCAGCAAGUGCCGCCGGCCAGCGGUCAAGCAGUUCCACGACUCCAAGAUCAAGUUCCCACUGCCCCAUCGGGUCUUGCGUCGUCAGCACAAGCCACGCUUCACCACCAAGAGGCCCAACACCUUCUUUUAGAUGCAGAGCGUGCCGGUGCCCAAGUCUGCUCAAAUAAACUCCUCGGGUAAAACCAA